AAGGAAUAUAAAAUACUAUUAUACAUUAUUGAAAAUAUGAAAAACAUAUAUAUAUGCAUAUGCAAUAGGCAAUAGAACGCCAUAGGAUAAUAAAUCUACAGGAGUAUGUAAUAUACCUCUACCAUAGGUGAACAAAAAUAAAAAUUGUUAACUAUAAGUCACGUGCUAAACGAUGUGCUAUUGUAUUUGCUUCCCUAAAACAUGUAAAAUAGAGGCUUGAGCAUAUUGAGCCAAAAUAGACAAGCAGUCAUCCACCAAGCACCCUGCUGUGCCAAAUGAAUUUCAAGAGACUUUUAGUAUCAGACAUCAAAAUUGACAUCAAAAUGGUCCCCAAGAAAAAGGAAUUACUUGCUGCCAUGGUGGCUGAUGAUGUGAACAAGAAGUUUGGAGAACAACUCUCGAGUGGUUGUUUUAUUGUCAACUUGGCUUAGCGAAUCCAAAGAGAGAAGCAAACACUGAAACAAUUAUCUUUGGCUUCCAUGGCCAACCGAGGAGCCUCUUCUUCUUCUGCUCCUUUCACAAAGUCAUGGAAAUACCAUGUCUUUCUGAGCUUCAGAGGUUUUGACACUCGCUCAAAUUUCACAAGCCAUUUGUAUAGUGCUUUGCGUCUACAAGGAAUUAACACCUUCAUGGAUGAUGAUGAGCUGAGAAGAGGAGAAGAAAUAUCAAGCGCGCUUCUCACCGCAAUUGAAGACUCAAGGAUUUCUGUGGUUGUGUUCUCCGAAAACUAUGCCUCCUCAAAGUGGUGCUUGGAUGAGCUUGUCAAGAUUCUUGAUUGCAAAGAAUCAAAUCAACAAUUGAUCAUCCCAGUUUUUUACAAGGUGAAUCCAUCAGAUGUACGGAAUCAUAGGGGAAGCUUCGGGGAUGCACUGGCUAACAUGGAGCGCAAAUACAAAGAUGAGCUGGACAAGGUCAAGAAAUGGAGGGCGGCACUUUCACAAGCAGCAGCUUUGUCAGGGUUCCCUUUGGACGAACAUAGAUCUGAAGCUGAACUGAUUCAUAAAAUCGUUCAAGAAAUUUCACAGCGAGUAAUAGACCGUACAUAUUUAUAUGUGACAGAGUAUCCAGUUGGAAUGCACUAUCCUGUACAAGAUAUAAUUAAGCUUUUAGAUUUGGGGGAAAAUGAUGUUCGUAUGGUAGGGUUAUGGGGAACUGGUGGAAUUGGUAAGACCACAAUUGCUACAGCUGUUUAUAAUUCCAUUGCCCACGAAUUUGAAGGCUGUUCUUUUUUGGCAAACGUCAAAGAUUCUAAGGGAGGAGGUUUAGCCAAACCACAGAGGACUCUUCUUUCUGAGAUUCUAGGGGAUACAAAUUUGGAGGUGGCCAACGUUCAUAAAGGGGCCACUAUGAUAAAGCAAAGGUUGAGUUGUAGAAAGGUUCUCUUGGUUCUUGAUGACGUGGAUGACAUGGAACAGUUAUACAAGUUAGUUGGGGCAUGUGAUUGGUUUGGUGUAGGCAGUAGAAUUAUCAUAACAACAAGGGAUAAGCAACUGUUAACUGCUCAUCAUGUUAAUUUAAUACAUGAGGUCAGGAUUUUAGAUGAUCCUGAAGCUCUUGAGCUCCUCUGUUGGCAUGCCUUCAAAAGAAGUGGGCCUCCUUUGGAUGAUUAUGUGAAACUUGCCGAACGUGCAAUACACUAUGCUCAAGGCCUUCCGUUGGCUUUGAAAGUUCUCGGUUCUUGUCUAUGUGGUGGAAGUACAGAGAAAUGGGAAGCUACAUUGGAUGGUUUCAAAAGCACGAAAAUUCAGGACGUUCUCGAAAUAAGUUACAAUGCAUUAGAUCACAGCGUACAGGAGAUUUUCCUUGACAUAGCAUGUUUCUUUAAGGGUAGAAGUAGAAUGCAUGUGACAAAAAUACUUGUAGCUUGUGACCCCAACGCUAGGUAUAGCAUUGAAGUACUCGUAGAAAAGGCACUCAUAAGUGUUGAAGGAGAUCACAUUCAGAUGCAUGACUUACUCGAAGAGAUGGGUAAGGACAUAGUUUACCUACAGUCACCCAAUGAAGCCGGACGUCGUAGCAGAUUGUGGUCUUAUGAAGACAUCGAGGAUGUUCUUGCUAAUAAUACAAUAAGUAAAUUAAAUUAUACAUGUGAAUGUGUAAUGUUUUAUUCAAUUCAAUAACUAAAACAUCUUGCGCAUUAAGUAUAAUAAUAAUUAUUUUUAAUCUUGAAGAAAAAUAGAAAUUUGAAACUCUUACUUUU